AUGGUAUUGGAAAUGGUAAUCAAGAUGCGAAAAGUGUGUGAUAACUACAAUAGUCAGCCAAUAUCAACGUCGAUGAGUACGCCAAUAAAUGAAGCUAAUGUGAUGCAUGUCACCGGCGAUAAUGGCUUUAGCAUAUACGAACGGAGUAUCGAUUUCCAUGCGAAUUUCGGUGGUGAUCAGAAUGUGGCAACAACCAAAGAUACAGCAACACGACCAGUGUCCAGUCAGAUCGAACCAAAUUUAUUGCUCAAAAAUGUUAAUAACAACAAUCACGUGACCAGUACGGCAGCAGCCAGAGAAAUUGAAAAUAUUGACGAUAUUCCGGCGGUCAAAGGCAAAUUGGAUGAUGACGAUAAGUCGACGCCCGAUCAUCAUGCACGGCGACCGAUGAACGCUUUUCUGAUAUUUUGUAAGCGGCAUCGAGCUAUUGUUCGUGAAAAGUAUCCGAAUUUGGAAAAUCGAAUGUUACAAUCACUGUCACGGUGGUAUUUUGUCUCACAAACAUAG